AUGUCUAAAGAGGCUUCUAUGUUCCAGGCUGGUGACUUGGUCAGUAGUUCUGGUACGACCGACGAUUUGACCGUUCAAGAGCUCCCACUACCCAAAGACUUCCGCUGGGGUACAGCCACUGCAGCAUACCAAGUCGAAGGUGGCGCAAACCAAGACGGCAAAGGCCAAUCCAUCUGGGACACGUACACACAUCUCGAGUCCCCGCGAAUAAACAACGGGGAAACCGGUGAUAUAGCAUGCGAUCACUACAAUCGAGUCCCCGAGGACAUUGAGCUUAUGAAGUCGUGUGGCUUCGACGUUUAUCGCUUCUCUCUAUCUUGGACACGAAUCAUUCCACUUGGAGGCCGAGACGAUCCUAUCAAUGAGAAGGGCAUAGCUUUCUACAGCGAUCUCAUCGACCAGCUGUUGGCCAACGGUAUCGAGCCUGUAGUGACGCUGUAUGAUUGGGAUGCUCCGCAGACUCUCUACGAUCGUUACAGGGCUUUCCUCAAUACCGAGGAGUUCACUGCCGACUUUUCCAACUAUGCACGAUUAUGCUUUGGUCGCUUCGGUGAUCGUGUUAAGAAAUGGAUCACAUUCAAUGAGCCAUACAUCAUCUCCAUCUUUGGUCAUGUCAACGGAACACUUGCGCCAGGCCAUCGUGCAGAAGACGGUUUCGAUACAAAGCACGAACCAUGGCGCGUCGGCCAUACGCUGAUUGUUUCGCAUGCUGUUGCAGUUCAGCUCUAUGUGAAGACGUUCCAGCCUUUGCAAAAGGGUGAGAUCUCCAUCGUGCUGAACAGCCAUUUCUACGAGCCAUACUCCGACUCGGAAGCCGAUGUUGAUGCUGCGCAACGAAGACUUGAGUUCUACGUUGGGUGGUUUGGCGAUCCCAUCUUCCUCGGAGAAGAUUACCCCGUUUCCAUGCGAAAGUAUCUGGGCGACAGGCUUCCCCAUUUCAGCACUAAAGAGCGUAAACUUCUUUGCGAGACAGCUGCUCUCAAUACAUUCUACGGCAUGAACCACUACUCAACUAAGUUCGCCCGUGCUCCCCCUGAUCCUCCCACCGAAGACGACUGGACAGGCAAUAUCGAGGAGGGAGCCGUCAACAGCGCAGGCCACGAAAUAGGUCCAGUCUCACAGUUUCAGUGGCUCCGUGUCGCACCAAAUGGCUUCCGUAAGCUAUUGAACUGGGUUUGGGAGCGAUAUCAUCUACCUAUCAUCGUCACAGAGAACGGAUGUCCAUGUCCUGGAGAGCAAGAUCUGAAGGUUGCAAUUGACGACAAGUUUCGCGAGAGAUACUUCGGUCUAUAUCUCGAUGCCAUAUCGCGAGCUAUAUACGACGACAGUGUUCCCGUUAAGGGCUACUACGUGUGGACGCUCAUGGAUAACUUUGAAUGGUCGGCUGGAUAUCAGCCAAAGUUCGGUAUUGUUCAUGUUGACUUCGAAAACGGCUUGACGCGCACCCCAAAGAACUCGGCAAGGUACCUACGUGAGACUUUCCAGAGAAGGAGACAGGGCUAUAAGAAUUGA